AUGGGUAAGGAAAAGACUCACAUCAACGUCGUCGUCAUCGGCCACGUCGACUCUGGCAAGUCGACCACCACCGGUCACCUUAUCUACAAGUGCGGUGGUAUCGACAAGCGUACCAUCGAGAAGUUCGAGAAGGAAGCCGCUGAGCUCGGCAAGGGUUCCUUCAAGUACGCCUGGGUUCUUGACAAGCUCAAGGCCGAGCGUGAGCGUGGUAUCACCAUCGACAUCGCCCUCUGGAAGUUCGAGACCCCGAAGUACUAUGUCACCGUCAUCGACGCCCCCGGUCACCGUGAUUUCAUCAAGAACAUGAUCACUGGUACCUCGCAGGCCGACUGCGCCAUUCUCAUCAUUGCUGCCGGCACUGGUGAGUUCGAGGCUGGUAUCUCCAAGGAUGGCCAGACUCGUGAGCACGCUCUGCUCGCCUACACCCUCGGUGUCAAGCAGCUCAUCGUCGCCAUCAACAAGAUGGACACCACCAAGUGGUCUGAGGAGCGUUACCAGGAGAUCAUCAAGGAGACCUCCAACUUCAUCAAGAAGGUCGGCUACAACCCCAAGACCGUUCCCUUCGUCCCCAUCUCCGGCUUCAACGGUGACAACAUGAUCGAGGCCUCCCCCAACUGCCCCUGGUACAAGGGUUGGGAGAAGGAGACCAAGACCAAGUCGACCGGCAAGACUCUGCUCGAGGCCAUCGACUCGAUCGAUACCCCCGUCCGUCCCUCGGACAAGCCCCUCCGUCUGCCCCUCCAGGACGUCUACAAGAUUGGCGGUAUUGGCACGGUGCCCGUCGGCCGUGUCGAGACCGGUGUCAUCAAGGCCGGUAUGGUCGUCACCUUCGCCCCCGCUGGUGUCACCACCGAGGUCAAGUCCGUCGAGAUGCACCACGAGCAGCUUGUCGAGGGUGUUCCCGGUGACAACGUCGGCUUCAACGUCAAGAACGUCUCCGUCAAGGAGAUCCGUCGUGGCAACGUCGCCGGUGACUCCAAGAACGACCCCCCCAAGGGCUGCGACUCGUUCAACGCCCAGGUCAUCGUCCUCAACCACCCCGGUCAGGUCGGUGCUGGCUACGCUCCUGUCCUGGACUGCCACACUGCCCACAUUGCCUGCAAGUUCUCUGAGCUGCUCGAGAAGAUCGACCGCCGUACCGGCAAGUCGAUUGAGAACAGCCCCAAGUUCAUCAAGUCUGGUGAUGCCGCCAUCGUCAAGAUGAUUCCCUCCAAGCCCAUGUGCGUUGAGGCUUUCACCCAGUACCCCCCGCUUGGUCGUUUCGCCGUCCGUGACAUGCGCCAGACCGUUGCCGUCGGUGUCAUCAAGUCCGUCGAGAAGUCCGACAAGGCUGGUGCCGGAAAGGUCACCAAGGCGGCCCAGAAGGCCUCCAAGAAAUAG